AUGGGGAAACGGAAAUCAUCUGCAAAACCUCAAAAGAAGAUUAAGCAAAAGCUUGAAACUACAUUUUCUUGCCUAUUUUGUAAUCAUGAAAAAUCAGUUGUUUGUACAUUAGAUAAGAAGAACUCGUUGGGAGAGCUACACUGUAAAAUAUGCGGGCAAACUUUCCAGACGUCGAUAAAUUCUUUGUCCCAACCUGUUGAUAUAUAUUCAGACUGGAUUGAUGCGUGUGAGGAUCUUGCAGAAGAGGCUGAAGCCAACGGUGGUUUUAUUGAGGACGAAGGGAAUGCCGAUGAGUAUAGUGACGACGACUUUGAUGACAAUAACAAGAUAGAACAAAGUAUUGGGCCCGAAGAGGAAGAAGAGUACUGA